ACUCUGUUAUUGUUGAAAAUAUAUAUGCUUUGAGUUAAUAAAGGUGGCAACAAUAAUGACGACUUGAUAUGCAUAUAAUCAUGGUCUUUUCAAAUGCAUUCAACAAAAGUCUUCUUUCCACUUAUCGACGGACUCGUACUACAAGGACAGUUAAAAUCGAAUGAUCUGUUUAGCAGAUUUUCAUACUUUGACUUGUUAACUAGAGCUGUUUCUUCAGAUUAAAAUUCUAUAUAAUGGCAGUGCGUCAUUCCUCCAUGAAUUAUCUAUGGUUGUGUAUCAUCUUAUUGACAACUUUCAAGAAUUAUUAUUGUGAAAGAACAUUGGCUGAUCAUCACAUCGCCAAGCACAAUGCAUCUGUUACUAAAAUAGGUCCAACAGUGAUGGAUUCAUCUUGUCUUUCUCGAGGUAAUAAUUGCUCGUUCUGUCUUAGUGAUGGAAACUGUGGAUUCUGUGAUACAUGUAAGGACAUAUGUCAUCGACCGGAGGCCGCUGGUAGUCCUAAUUGUUCAAACUGUGCCCGAUGUAUACCAGGUGCACUUGAUGGACCAAAGAAAGGGCACGAAUGCAGGGUAGAAUGGUUUUACUACGAGAAAUGCCCAGAAGUAGUAAAUGAGCAAAAGACAGUUUAUGUUGAAAUUGCUCUCUAUCUAAUUAAUAUUCACUCGGUUGACCUUAAAGCUGGAACAUUUCAUGCAGAUUUUUACCUGUAUUUUAAAGUUCCUGAUGGUCAGACAAAGUACACCAAACAGAAAUGUAAAGAUGGUCCUAAAGGAGCCUGUUUUGAGCUAGUCAAUGCUGCUGGUCAGCCCGAGGUAUCCAGUCAUGAAGGAAAGUAUUUUCGCGUCAAGUCAACAUUUAAUUUUGCUGCAGAUUUAAGAGAUUACCCAUAUGAUAACCAAACAUUGCGUAUUGUGAUUCAAGAUAUGGAAAUGGCUGCUAAAGAAUUGCGAUGGAAACAUAUACAGGGAAAACCAGAUGCUCAGGAUUUUAAGUUUCGUAGUGGUGUGUCUCCAAUGUUGAAUUACACAGGCUGGUUAUUUGAUACGAAUUCUUGGUCUCAGAUGGUUUACGAAAGAUACAAUCCUUUUCUUGAUCAAGGAGUUUCGAGAUACGAAUUCUUUUUUCAUAUGAGAAGACAUAAACGAGCAGCGUUUUUUAAAAUAUUUCUUCCUCCACUUUUUAUAGUUUUAGUGGUCUGUUUUUCAUUUUCUAUUCCUCCGAAGGAUUCGUCCAUGAGACUGUGGAUUGAUGGCUCGCUUCUGAUUUCAGCUGUUAUGUUCCAUGCCACAACUGGGGAACAAACACCAGAUUCACAGGAGUUAACAUUAGCAGACAAUUUUAUGGUUGGGGUGUAUGGUUUUAUUUUUGUUUCAUUCAUCGUGACUAUCAUCAUGCUAAGAUUGCAGAGGGACAAUUAUUUCUUUUUCGCGGACGUCUUUUACAGUUACACCGAAUGGCUGGUUUGGUUUAGUGGUCCUUCUUUUUUCUUUCUUUUAUACUACAUGAGAUUCACUCUGAAUCGUGUUCUUGUUGCUGAACUUGUGAUUAGUCUUUGUGCUUUGAUACUAAAGAAAUUUUUCUCUUUUUCAAAAAAAAUGGUAUUCAAAUUAACUUCAUUUGACAAGCUAUUGGAGAAGCAUUCGUCUUCCGCGAGCUCUCCAGAUCAAAAAACGCCAGAAAUUUUUCGUAAUGUUUACACUUUACGAGAUAAAAAGGAAUUGAAUGAGUACAAAAUGUUGUCGCAAAAUGAGGAUAUUUCUGGUAAUAUAGAAAGACAUUCAAGAACUUGCUUUCCAGGAAAGCUUAUAAAUGAUAAAAACUACUGUUCUAAACAAAAAGUGGUGGAUAGAAGAACCUAAAACCAUCAAUAAUAACUUGAGAUAGCCAGUCUGAAAGAGAGAAGUGACAGUUUAACUUUACGUCCCCAGUAAGAAUUUAUUUAAUUCAUUGACUUAGUCCUGCUCGUCCAAAAUAUAAUCACCCAUAAAGUUAUCAUUUUUAAAAAUUUUAGAUAUUUUAGAACUUUUAAAAAACACU